AUGGCUGAGGCUCGUCGGGAUCCUGAGUCCACGGUGACUAUACUCCUGUUGGGAGAUCCGGGGUGUGGAAAGUCAACUUUUCUCUCACGCUUGAAGAAUGGCCCAAAUGGAACAAGAGGACAAAGUUCGACCGCACAAGAGAGUAGCGUAGAGCCUCUACGGGACAGUGACCAGCCUUUCCUCUACGACAUCCGUUUUUCGAAGAAAUCAUUCACCCUCGAAUUAUACGACACAGCAAGUCCCAACCAGCACUGGACCACGUUGAAACCGGACGUGGUUCUUUUAGCUUUUGACAUUUCCAACCGCGAAACUUUAGCUGGGCUGAAAAACUGGCGACAAGACAUCAUCCGGUACUUCCAACAUGGCAUCGGCGAACGUAUCCCCGUCAUGAUGAUAGGUCUCAAAAGGGACUUGAGAGUCGACGACGAAACUCUAAUCUAUCCGCAAGAAUCAUAUCGCAUUGCCCAGGAACUUCGUUGUGAUCGAUACGCAGAGUGCUCUGCUGUUACCGGCGAGCUUUUGGCAGAGACAUUUGAGGAUCUGGCGAGACUGGCCGGAAUGACGACUACGGAAAAGGGUGGACAGACUGAGGGAGGCUGUACUGUUAUGUGA